AUCAUAACUUGAUCAAUGCUGCCACUACGCAUCAGUAUAUCGAAGAUUUGCGUAAGCAUUUACAGCAUUCGUUUGCUUUUGCCCAAAUGAAUCUAGAAAAAGCAGCGACAGGGGUUAAGACCUAUUACGAUUUAAAAACCACGAAAAAGGAAUAUGACAUCACAGAUCAAGUCUAUCUGUAUAACUUUGCGCGAAAUCAAGUUAAGGAAAAUAAAUUUUUACCUUAUUGGAAAGGGCCAUAUGUCAUCAUUGACAAAAUUUCCCCUGUAGCGUAUAAGAUAAAAAUUCCUAAGGAUGGUGAUUUUAUUGAAAA